AUGCCUAAGGUCAACUUGUUGUCCUCGGCCGAAGAAGCAGACGCCUAUUGGCAGCCAAGGCUACAGCGGUCAUGGAGAAACGUCAUCCAGGCCCAUUUUAUCAACGAGACCGUCUUUGUCCAUGGAUUGUACUCGCCCUUUCACUUUUCGCAUUGGCUUUACAACGGGAUGCUCCCUCUCUACAGCACAAUGAAGCGAUUUGGAGGCACAAAGAAUUCAUGGACCUUCCGUGCUGCUCGGUACCAACAGGACAGCAUCAACCGACAGGGCACCUGGGAGAUGGGCCACUUUUUUCAAACCGGCAAGGAACUCGUUCUCUCCCAAGCCGAAAUGUCCACGGCGUUUCAGACUCUCCCACCCUCGGACGCACCUAUCUGUUUCCAAAGGGCUGUCAUCGGAUUGGGCUCCCAGUGUGCGCUGAGUUACUGCGAGAUCAACAUCCCUACAGAGAUUUACAAGAAAUUCCGGGAAGAGCUCGCGGAAUAUUACUGGUCGACUACGGAGGCUUGGUCAAGGCAUCUGAGGAACGCGCAGGAGGCGAUCAAUAGCAGGUGGAGGCAUCAUGAGCAGGGACACGAAGCCCGCCAGGAGGUGGGAACAGAAAAGAAGAGACAGGAGGCGCCAGGAAGCAAAGCAUCGAACUCGCCGCUGAAGUGCCUGGAGUCGGCCAGAUACUACAACUUUGAGACUGCAGGACCCAACCACGGCCUUGAGCAGGGCGAGGCACAGAGCAGAAUCGGACAGAUAAACCCUGACGUUGCGGAUCCUCCAGAGGGCUACCAGAACCUGCUUGUCGAGUCAGGUGCCGGAGUUGACUCGGGCAAAGCGAGUAAGCGAAAGCUGGUGGUCGGUAUCAUCCAGCGGGAGAGUUCCAGACGACUUGUCAACGACGACGAGCUGAUUCAAGGUCUCGUCCAGGCGGGGUUCCGUGUCAAGUGGAUGAGCUUUGAUCAUGGGUGCGGGAUUGCGGAGACGGCCUACUUGCUUCGGGAUAUCCAUGUUCUCAUCACGCCUCAUGGAAACGCCAUCGGGACGUCGGUCUUCAUGCCCAGCCACGACCCUGUGUCGACCAUCAUCAGCGUCGACCACUCGCGAUUCAAGGAAGAAUGGUUCAUGUUUACUGCCACGGCACUCGGUCAACGAUUUACUCAGACCUUUUGUGGGCCGAACAACUAUGUGGACGACGUCUCGCGAGAGCAUUGCCCGUAUAUCAAGGAUCUCAAAGCCGGCCGCGAUAACAUGGUUGUUGUGCCCAACCUCAUCUUGGGUCUACCGAAUUCUAUGGUCAAGACUGAUGCGGAGAAAGCGUCCAUGUCUGGCUUAGCCCUGAAAAGACUGCGAAACAAGAACCAGGACUAUGUCAACAGCAACCCUGCGGCCCAGAAACUAGCCGAGGAGGAGAUGGAUGCCCUCAUUGGUCCUGAAAGGCCCGAUGCAUUGAUUCGAAAGUACGGCGAGGAUAUCUGGACAUUCCUAUGGUUUUUCUGGAAAGAAGCUCCUCGGUAUGUAGAUGUUAUCCGGGUGGUCAAGUUUGUGGAGUCGCUGCAAGGGGAUCUGGAACAGGAAAAACUCAUUGAGACGACAAACACCCAACAGAACCUGCACUUGGACGACCCGCAGAGGUCAUUUAGGCACUAUUUGAACUAUGUGCGAAAGGGUCAGGCCUGCGGAUUGACGGGGUGCAGUGUUAUCAUGGAGAGGAACGUGGCAAACGAGACGACAGCUGCGUUCGGAAAGCACUCGAUCGAUGACAUUUCUAAGUGGGGCCUGUCGACGAGUGAGAGCCAGGCGUUGAGGGAAGGGUUGACAUCCGAGGUUUUGAAAUCCAUCUGGCAGAUUGAACCCUAG